AUGAACUGCAUGACAAAAAAUGCAACAGGAGUGAAAUUGGAAAAAGCGAAGCGGACAUUUUUAUCUUCUGGAGAAGACGAUUGUGGAUUUUUUCGCCCUGUUUUCUAACAUAAGUUCGCCGAGCCUGGGAAUAUGAAGAGGCGAAAUGCCGAAUGUGGAAAGCUAAGACGCCCUCUGAAACGAAACAAGAUCGCAGAAGGCAUCUACGGCAGUACGUUCUUGUACCUGAAGUUUCUGGCAAUAUGGAUGUUUGUGCUCCUGCUGGACUUCAUCUUGGAGUUUCGCUUUGAGUAUCUGUGGCCUCUCUGGCUGCUCUUACGAAGCAUCUACGACUCCUAUAGAUACCAAGGACUGGCGUUCUCCGUGGUCUUCAUUUUCAUCGCCUUCACCUCCGACAUGAUCUGCCUCCUGUUCAUCCCGGUACACUGGCUCUUCUUCGCCGCCAGUACCUACGUCUGGGUGCAGUUCGUCUGGCACACCGAUCGAGGCAUAUGUCUGCCUACAGUGUCGCUAUGGCUGCUGUUUGUUUACAUCGAGGCGUCGGUGCGAUUGCGGGAACUUAGAUCAGCCAUACCUUUCCAUCUUGACCUCUGUCGACCAUUUGCAGCACAUUGCAUUGGUUACCCAGUAGUCACGCUUGGUUUCGGUUUUAAAAGUUACGUGGGCUACCGCAUGCGACUGCGGAAGCAGAAGGAAGUGCAGAAAGAGAACGAUUUUUACAUACAGCUGCUGCAGCAGGCGUUGCCGCCGGAGCAGCAGCAACACCAUCAGCUGCACAACGCCUCGCUGACGGCAGAAAAACAAAAAGGAGCGAUAGCUUCAAAAGCAGAGGAGCCAACGUCCAACGGAGUGGUCUCCCGAAAAGGUUCACCCGUCAUCCAAGGAAACAAGGGUUCGUCAUCGGACGGCAGUAGCGAAAAGUCCAGGGAGCCGCCGGCGUCGCAGCGCAAACAGCAGGCCAGCAACAACGCCGGCGUCGGGGGAACGACAGCGAAAAACCCUGCGGACCCAGAGUUGAUAGAAACUAAGCUGCCGCCGCGCAGCGUGAACGAUUAUGACGGGUCCAAGGAGAAUCUUGCCAACGAGCAGGUGCAGGCCAAGAACUUGAAACAGCAGCAACAAAGUAGCGUUAGCUCGGGCCAGCGGGGCAAGAACCAGCCUGGGAAGGACAACAGCGGUUCCACUUCCGGUAGUAAGAAGCCCAAGCCGCUAGCUUCCAAGCUGGACAAUAAGGAGAAGGAGAAAGACACGAACCUGAACGCGGAUAUCGCCAACGGAGCCGUGCCCACGCCUCCUGCUAAAGACGAAAAAGUGCUGAGGUUGGAGUCCGACAUCAAGAGACUGAAAGCGGACCUUCAGGCCAGCCGUCAAGUCCAAGCUGAUCUCAAGACGCAGGUCAACAACCUGCUGUCUGACGACCAGCACGACAAGGCGGAGCUGGAGCAGAUGAAGAAGGACUAUGAGUCUCUCCAGACUAAGUUACACAACCUCGUCACCCAGAAGCAGCAGGACAAGCAGAACAUCUCUCGCCUGGAGCAGCAGCUCAAGGCUGAGCGGGACCAGCGGACCUCCUUGGAGACUCAGAUGCGAGAGGAACGCAAGAACCGUAAAGCCAAGGAGGCAGCCGCAGCCCGAGCAGCUGCUAUGGCUACCGUUGGCCGAUACGGUGAGUGCGGUGAUUCCUGUCGGAUGAGGAUGCUAGACCAGGACUCGGAGAUCCUCCGUCUGCGCAAGGAAUCCAGAGACAAGGACGACCACCUCAGAGAGAUGGAGAAGAAAACGGAGCUGAUGCACGAGCGUCAGGAGAGCCAGAACAAGACGGACCUGUUGAUGUCAGCCCUGAUGGCCAUGCAGGACCGGACAGCCAAGCUGGAGACCAGCCUGAGCGCGGAGACACGUCUCAAGCUGGACCUGUUCUCGGCGCUGGGCGACGCCCGCAGGCAGAUGGAGAUCAUGCAGACCGAGCUGAUGAAGAAAGAGCGCGAGAUCCACGACCUCAAGACCAAGAUCGCUGAGCACAUGGCCGUCAUGCCGCAGAGCAACUACUCCGGCUCGGGCUCCCCGAUCUCCGGCACUCCGCGCUACUCCGUCAACUUUGUCAGCUCCGAGGAGACCGGCCCCAUCCUCCCCAUGGGUGUGCCGGUCUCCCAGGGCAUGGGGCCGCCCCCGGGCGUGGCCUCGGCCUCCUCGACCCCAGUCUCCGCGCCCCAGGGCUCCUCCUCCUCCCAGUCCCCCUCGCCCUCGGUCAGCCCCGUGCCGAGCCUUGGGAACGGGAAGUCGGUCCUGGAUCCCAACGCGGCUGUGUACAGGCCCAAGAGCAACUAGAGGGUUUAACGAUCUAGCGGAGAGAGUAGGAAUUAGCAUAGUAUAAACAGGUGCAUUUAGAACAGGUUGUCGUUGAGUUGUAAGGUUACUGAUGAGUUGCUGGGCAGUGCUGCUUCUAGGCAAAAGUUUUAGCAGUUCUCUCUCAGAAGUUUCAAAUGCAUGGUGCAGCGAAGUAUCGUAGGAAACAUGUUUUUCUGGUCUUUAGGGGACUGUCUGUUUUCAUUUAACAAAGAUUGAUUACCGAACAGCUACACUAUUUCUAAAACCUGGCUUCAGGUUUAGUAUUGGCUCUACGGACCUGAAAACACUAGUUUUGAGGCUGGAGCCGGGUUUGGAAAUGGCACUACAACACAAACAUAUCCAAGGAAUUCUACGAUGCGACCCAUUUUUUAAAAUGAAACAAAAACACCACACUUCUGGCAAACUUCACGGCGUUACUUACAGUCAUGCUAACUUAAAAAUAAUGCAUGAACUAAAACCACUGAUCAUUUCGGAGUGCAUGGGGACUUUUUUCAUAUGACAAGUUUAAAUGAAUCAAGAAAACGCAGAGGACAAUUAUUAUGAAGUGUUGACCAAAAUUGAAAACUUAACAAAUGUCUUUAUAAGACUGGUUUUGUUGGAAGUAGUCAUGCUAUUAUCUGUCAGUGGGGAACACUGCCCAGCAGCACAAUGGAGGAAGAUACACCUCUGGUUGUUGGUUUUCUUCAUCUUUGUAGAUGAACGUUUGCAUUUACUUAAAUUCUUUCUGGCAAUGAAACCAAGGAUUCCUCAAAAGUGAACAGGCACUGUAGCUCCGAACCCUUAAAGCUGCCCACAGGUCAACCUGCGAUUUACUUGCGCCAUGACCCAACCGUCGGCAUCAGGCAGAAAAGUUAUGCUCCGGUCACAAAGCUGAGAAAUCAUGUAAUUCUCGUGGAACAAGUGGCAUCUCGACACAAAAUAAUCGCAAACAUGCUGACACGACGAUUCCACGGCAUCGACAUUCAUGUGACUUCUUUAACAGUAGCUGUUAAAGCAUGUUGAUUACAAUCAAACGACAUUCCUCGGCCACACCUGUUCAUUCAGCCGUUUUUUUGCCUUACGCUGAUUGGCUGCAUGAUUCAAUUGAUUCCCGCCUGUCUGAGAACCCGUCACAGAAGUUGAAAUUUUCUACUCUUGCGACUGUUGAUUUUUUUUAGCGCCGACUGAUGUCGAACAUCUGUAUAUCGUCGCAGGUACACUCGGGUUACAAAAAAAAAUCGGUGACUAGAUUGUUCCCGACGGUCGUGGCUCAGGCGCAGCUUGAUCCUGAAAAGUCAGGCACCGAACGUUCUGGGUUAUCGCAAGGUCUACCUAAGGGCAACUAAAAGGGCGACUUAAGAAACCAUAGGAUAAGAUGAUGGAGAACAUUUUUUGUUUUGGAGGUUGGAGGAAAGCCCUAGACCAAAAAGCCAAUCCACAUGUUGGCCCUACCAGGAAUUGAACCUGGGACACAAUGGUUGAGGGCGCGGAAAGAACCGCUGCGCCAACCCAACUCCUGUUUCGCUAGGUCGCUAGCCGUUCAGUACCCACUCUUAUACUCGUGCAAAAAAUGAACCACCUAUAUCCAAAUGCAAACUAAAGAUCUCUUCAAACCAAUAGCCAGAUGUGUCGUUUACCGUUCAUUUUAGCCGGUACCCUGCUCUCUCCCCCUCUCAGUCUCUAUCUCUUUAAUUGUCGAGUAACGUAGUACUGUAUUAAGAUGGGCUCUCUACAGAAAACUAACCUAUAUACACGGCCUGAUUGAUGUCUAUUUCAUCAACGGCUAUCGUAUAUAUAUUACCAUGUGCUUUGUCUUAAACUCGACCCAACAGCACGCAUGCGUGGGGUGUUUUCGAUGAAAAACAAAGUAUUGCUAUUUUUGCCAUUACAUUGCUUAACUGUUGUUUUUUUGUUUUUUCUUGAAAAAAAACUUUGUCGUUGUUAAAUGUGCUUUAGUAGAAGCGGAGUUAACAAGGUUUCAGAAUACACGACGAAAUGCAAGGCAAAUCUGUUCCAGGCAACAAGACCGUAUUGCGAUGUCCUGUUUUUCAAAUUUUCUCUUUAAGUUUUCUAACUGUUCUCGAGUUGAUCAGAAGUUAAAACUGAAUUCUCAAAACCUUUUCGGUCACUUUUCAAAGUCCCACUUCAGUUAAGAACGUAAAUCUUUCUGGAAAAAAAAAUUGGGUAAAUAAAACUUCAAGAAACACAGAGGCAAAAUGUGACUUGAAAUAACCUUGAAAGCAACUAAUAUUUGCCAGCUUACAACGAAACAAUUCUAGAAGAAUUAGCUCAGGAUUCGAGAUUAAAAAAAAAGGAAAGUUUAUCGUUUUUGACCAGUAUUUUUAUUCACUUACCAAGAAAAAGGUUCCUUCUUGUUUCCGAAACAAGGGUGCUUCAAACUAUUUUAGUUGAAUUCAUUGUUGAAAAAAUAUGUGUACUAUUCAUGUUCCAUGUUGAUGUUUGUAAUUGACACACAAAGACACUGAUGGGUCUUCCAGGAUUCACAGACAGGUCACACACUUCUUUUGGUUUUGGCACCUUUUCUGGCCUUAAAGACUUUUGAACUUUUUCAGUUCAAAAAUGUAAAGUCUGUAUUUUGAAAACCGUUUCAGCUGUCUGGACUGUGAAAUUGAAGGCUUUCUUCCUCACAUUUGGAAGAAGAGAAACGCCAAACUAUCAGAAAAAAAAACAAUUUUUCUGGUCUGCUAUUAAUUUUCCUUUUCACUGAUUGUAUUUCAAAGUUCUUUGGUCUGCCAAGAAGUGGAUGAAAAUUUGUUUCAAUACAAGUUUUUAAUAAAUAGUCAAACUGCAGCAAUUAUUUAUUUUUUAAAUGAAUUUAUUUUCUUUACAAGAGCAUGAAGAAACCCUAUUCCGACAAAACACAAAAAGAUAUAUUUACCAAAUUACGAAUACUAUUUUGUUUUGAAAAGGUUUGUUCAAAAACUGUGAUUGAUUGUCCCUGUAUUUUGUUCAGAAUAAUUUGUGAAAAUGUCAACAAAGUUGUUUAUAUAUGUUACAAAUUUGACUUGAAAAGUUGAAAUUGAUACAAAAACAGACUAUUUUUCAAGCAUUAUUGGGAAAAAAGAUGUUUCCCUUUGUGAAAGUAAGUAGUAUUUGUCCCCAUAUAAAAUUGAGAGGUUUUGGUUGAUUUCAACUACAAAAGGUGAAAAAGGAAACAGCAAAAAUUUCAAACAAUUUCUAAACUUUUGAAACUACAGAAACUGAAACAAAACCUUCCUGGUACUUUGCAAAAGAAUCACUGGCGCCAAUUCGAUUGCAAAUAUUCCAAUUUAACUUUGGAUUAAGCAAUGUCAUCCUAUUGCAUAAUAAUUCUGGUGAGCAACAAAAGACACAGAAAAACUCAAAGCUUGAAUUUUUUUUCUUUUUUUUUCAUGAAUUAAAUAUUUGAUUUCAAGUCAUUUCUGUCAUUUGAAUAUUUUGGUUUGAUUUUAAUUAAUUUUUCUUGUUACUUUAUAUUGUUCUGACUUUGAAGUGUCAAAUGUCUGUAACAAAAUAUUGAUCCAGUAAGCCCAUCCCAUUCAUUGUUUUGAACCAAUCACAACCGUGAUUAGUGUACUCGCAUAUGCAUAAGUGGGCGGGGCCUAAUUAUGGAUCAAUAUAUUGUACGUCUACCCAACUGCUCUCAUUGGUUUAAUUAUGUGAGCCAAUCCAGUAAGCCCCGCCCAUUAAUUGUUUUGAACCAAUCACAGCCGUGAUUAGUGACUUGCAUAUGCAUAAGUGGGCGGGGCCUAAUUGAUCAAUAUAUUGUUAGUUUACCCAGCUGCUCUCAUUGGUUAAACAUGUCAGCAUCUUUGCAUAAAGAUCAGAAGUUAUAAUGGUGGAAGAAAAGGUGUAGUUAUGUUCAUAAUCAGCUUAUAUUGACCUACGAGGAAUAUUUAAAAAGGUUCUCAAAUAACAGGACAAGGAAGAAUUUUAUAGAACAAAACUUUUGACUUUUACAAGAGGAAAAUUGAAGAAAGUAAAUGCUAGAUAUUUUGGUAAUUGCAAUUUAGUUUCGUGAAUUGUGAACAGAUACCUCAGCUGAAAAGAAGCCUGAAAACAAACUUGCAAGCAAAAUACCUCCCUUGCUAGGUUUGCUGCUACCUCAUUUUUGCUUAGCCAGAAUGUGAUUAUGUGCUAAGCACGUUUAUGAAACCGGUCGGGCCGCUUUCAUUACACUAAUGUACUUGCUGGUCAUCCAUCAAAGUUCACCUCUGACCUUUAUGCAAAUACCAUUGUUACCUUUGACCUCUGGUGCUCUUUCAUUGGACAUCAACUUUUUCUUUGUCCCCUGACCAUUUUUUGCCUUCGUACGAGUCAUUGUAUUUCGCUUUUUGAUGCUAAGCCCUGUGUGCAGGAACCCAAUUUCAUGGAGCCGCUAACCCCACAAGUUUUAGCUGGUAACCAUCUGUAAAAUACCAUGUGAAAGUAUAGCUUACUGGUUCCCAGUAUUAUUUUUGCUAAGUGAGUUAACUUACUGAGCAGUGUUUUGCCUGGUAACCAUUAAAAUGCCAAGCCAUAUUAUUACUUCUCACAGGUUCCCGGCUAAGUUUCUGCUAAGCCAGUUUACUUCCUAAGCAGUAUUGUGCCUGGUAACCGUUAGAAUACCAUGCAAUAGUAUUCUUCUCACUGGUUCCGGGCUAAGUUUCUGCUAAGCGAGUUGACUUGCUAAGCAGUAUUGUGCCUGGUUUCCAUCUUUAAAUUACCAUGCCAUAGUAUUGCUUCUCACUGGUUCCCGGCCUUUCUACACUAUUAAAGCAGUAUUGUGCCUGGUUACCAUCUAUCCAAUUCCAGUCACGCUAUUGCUUUUCACUGGUUCCCGCCUAUUUGCUUAUCAAAUUGGUAAGCAGUAUUUUGUGGUGGUUAGCUGGCUCAUGUGAUCGUGUUCUGCUCUUCUGCCUUCGCAUUGUACGUGGAUUGUGUAUUGGUUAAUAGCAAGGCUUGUCUUUGCCAAAUGGUGGCAAAAAGUUAACAUUAAAAAAUUGUGUGUUGCAAAAAAAACAAAAA